UACAUAUCAUACAUUACUAUCAAUGAACAGAAAUUUAAAUCAUUAAUAGUAUCUAUAUAUAUUAUUUCAAAAUUCUUUUUUUUUUUGUUUAUAAAUAUAAUGAUAAAAUGGCAACGGAGAAGGAUUUAAUUAAUGCAGUCAGAGAAUCACUUAAAGCUGAUGGAGAUCUAGGUCGUAUAAAAGCUGAAAUGCGCACAGAAGUUAUAAAAUUAUUAGAUAAUUCAAAUAAAGGAAAUAAAACAAAGCUUCCAAAGCCACCUCUAGAUAUUAUAUUUUUAAAUGAGCUUAUCAGAGAAUAUUUAGAUUGGAUGGGAUAUAAGUACAGCUCUACUGUAUUUAUUUCAGAAUGUGACUUAUCAAAGCAACCUCUUGAUAGGUCUUUGCUUUUGCAAAGUUUAGGACUAAAGGAAAGUGAGAAUAGUAUAAAAUUACCAUUGCUGUGUAAUAUUGUAGAAACAUUUAAGAAUUUAAAAAGUACAUAAAUAUAUGAAAUUAUAUAUUGGUAUAAUAUGAAUAAAAAUUUAAAACUAAGUACUAAACACACAUAUUGUGAAUAAACAAAAAAAAUGUUUUCAAACUCAAAUUUUAUGAUUAAAUUAAAAUUUAGGUGAUU